CAGGCAGAAGGGAAUUCAGUUUUCGAGCCUCGACAGGAAACAUGAUUACAAAAGCAUGCCGCAUACACUAGCGGGAAGCUGAGCCUGAGCACACACCACGAUUAGUUCUACUGCCGCUGCAGAGAUGCAAAACAGCAAAUUUCACCGAUGGAAAACUCUUGAAAAGAAGCAACAGCUACACGGGUGAAGACAGGAAAUCUUUAAAAACUUUGGGAUCCAGACUUAAGGGGACAUGGCUGAUAUUGUGCCAGGAUUACUCAUUUGUCUGAUGGCAGUACAGACCAGUCAGCAUGAAGGAAAUACCACCAAGAGCAAAACCAAUUCUCAACCUGGUGUGAUACCAAAAACCUUCAAGGGGUUAACACACAAACCCAAUCACACCAACCAGCUGCCGGCCCUGCUCUAUCCCAACACAGACCCUCCCCUGUACGUGAACCCAGAGGACCCAGUGACAGCCUACACCACAGGAGUCCUCAGCACCUGGGUCAUACCUUCAUCAUACAUCGUAGCCAUGCUGGUGGGAAUCCCCUCCAACGCCUACAUCCUGGCCUUCCUGAGACUCAGACUGAGGGCAAAGUCCUUGGCCACAGUAAUCCUGUACCUGAACCUGGCCUUGACUGACCUGCUGCUCUUGCUUUCUCUUGCACUGCGUGUUCACUACCAUUUGAAUGGAAACCACUGGAUAUUUGGAGAAAUUUCCUGCCGGCUUAUUACAGCUUUGUUCUAUGGGAAUGUUUACUGCUCAGCUCAGACUAUAGCGUGCAUCAGUCUGAAACGCUACCUGGCUGUGGUGAAACCAUUUUUGUACAGAAGGCUGGCUAAGACUACGCUGGCACUGUGGGCUUGUUUGCUUGUAUGGUUCCUGUUUGGAGUUGCCAUUAUACCUGAGCUCCUUGUGAGGCAGAGCUACCAGAUUACCCAGCUAGGAAUCACCACUUGUCAUGAUGUACUUCCACUAGAAGAAAAAUCUCAUUCCCCACUGGUGCCAUACAGGCUCAUGCUAGUUGGUCUGGGCUUCAUAGUGCCCUUACUGAUUUGUGUCUAUGCCCAUACAGCAGUGGCUUACCACCUUGGACAAAGUGCUUGUGACUGGAGACCGUUUAUCAAGGUCAGCACUCUGGUCUUUAUCAUCUUUGUGGUGUGUUUCUUGCCCAGCGGCAUCCUGCACAUCGCCCACUACAUCCGCCUGUUUACUAGCGGGGACGAUAGACUCUAUGGAUACUACAGAGUAGCAGUGUGCCUCUGCUGCUUCCACAGUUGUCUGGAUCCCUUCCUGUGUAUCCUCAUUUCCAAAACGGCAACCUCAGAACUACAAUUCAUUUCCCUCCGUGGGAUCCCUCAGAGACCGGCAGUUACGACGUGACACUGGAUGCAUGUACACGCAAAAAAAACCUUUCCUUGCUCAACUAUUGUUGAGACACAGCAGGGAGGCAUGAGAAAUAAAGAUGUGAAACUUAGGAAUGGACAUUGUGAAUUUAACAGAGUAAUCUAUGUUUGGUCCAAAACAAAAACAAUCUUUGUGACUCAAAUGAGUCUGUGUACUGUAUCAGAAAAGGGACAUGUAAAUUGUGCAAUUCUAUCCAAGCUCAUUAUGUACAUCCAGCAAAUUCACAGAUUGAAAAACGGUUUGCCUGCUGACAGAGUCACAGUACAUUAACAACUGCAGCCUGUCCUGCGUUUUGAAUGUCAGACGAAUAAAUGCAGAAACAAACAAUAUUUCUGAAAAUGUAUACUCUUCUCCUGUAGGUUUUCAAGUAUGUACACAAAGGCUUGAAACCAAAAAGACUAUAAAAUUAAGCUACUCAGAUUCUGUAUAUGAAGUAACAUUUAAAAAAAAAAAAAAAAAAAAGUCCUGUCCAGUGAAAGUACAACACCAAUAAAACUAAUGACAAUGAGAUGACCUUAUUCAGUGUGGUUAAAAAAAAUGGUUCAUUCAGCCUUGACAAUUUUUUGCAUAUUUUGCACAAGCACAAGUUUUCCACACAUAUUCUAAAUAAACAACAAUUGUGAAAAUA